AUGCCAUCGUCGCGGGUCGCCGUGAUCGGCGCGGGGGCGGCCGGCCUGGUGGCUGCGCGGGAGCUGAGGCGCGAGGGCCACACGCCCGUCGUCUUCGAGCGCGCAGCCGGCGUGGGCGGCAGCUGGCGCUACCAAGACGCGGCGUCGGCGGACCCGCUCGGCGCCGGCGGCGUCCACGGGAGCCUCUAUGCGUCCCUCCGCACGAACCUGCCCCGCGAGUGCAUGGGCUUCCUCGACUUCCCUUUCGUCGCCGAUGAGGGCUCCGUUGAUCCGCGCAGGUUCCCCGGGCACCAGGAGGUGCUCCGCUACCUCGAGGAGUUCGCCCGGCGGUUCCAUCUCCUCGGGCUGAUCCGGCUGGAGACGGACGUCGUCAGCGUCCGCAGGGACACGGGAGGGAGAGGGAGAUGGAGGGUGUCGUCCUCCUCCCCGACGAAGCUCGCCGGCGAACCAGAGGAGGCGCGCUCGGAGCUGUUUGACGCCGUUGUUGUCUGCAACGGUCACUUCGCCGAGCCCCGCCUCGCGGAGCACAUCGCCGGCAUGGACGGUUGGCCGGGGAAGCAGACGCACAGCCACAGCUACCGUCUGCCCGACCCAUUCCACGGCCAAGUUGUGGUGAUAAUAGGAUACAAUCCCAGCGGGAUGGACAUCUCGAGGGACAUCGCCGGCGUCGCCAAGGAGGUCCAUGUCGCAAUUCGAGCGGCGCCUGCUGAGAUGCAGAGCGCCACUGCCCAUGCCAACCUGUGGCUACAUCCCAUGGUGGAUCGUGCCGAGGAGGACGGCGGCGUGGUGUUCCAGGACGGCAGCCGGGUGAAGGCGGACGCCAUCGUGCACUGCACUGGGUACAAGUACAACUUCCCGUUCCUCGACGGCGACCAAGACGGCGACCCUGUUAUCGCCGUCGACGACAACCGCGUGGGCCCGCUGUACAAGCACGUGUUCCCGCCGCAUCUGGCACCUCACAUCUCCUUCAUCGGAUUGCCAUUCAAGGCAAUCCUUUUCCCAGUGUUCCAGCUGCAGAGCAGCUGGGUGGCCGGGGUUCUGUCGGGGAGGAUCGAGCUGCCGUCGCCGGAGGAGAUGACCCAAGAAGUGGCGGCCUUCUACUCGGACAUGGAAGCCCGUGGAUGCCCCAAGAGGUUCACCCACGACCUGGGAGCAAGCACGUUCGAGUACGAGGACUGGUUGGCGGAGCGGUCCGGGCUGGAGAGGAUGGAGGAGUGGAGGAGGGCGAUCUAUGUCGCGGCGAGAGGCAGACUGAGGGGACGGCCGGAGAGCUACCGGGACGAGUGGGACGACGACGCCCACCUGCUGGACCAAGCGCAUCGUGAUUUCGCCAAGUACCUAUGAUAUAUAUGCAUAUGCAUAUAUGAUCUUUGCUACGGUUCUGUUUCUAUUACUGCUAGGUGGAUUGGAUCGCAUCAUUCUUCUUCGUGACACCAAUAACUUUUGUGCUUGACAUCAAGAUGAGUGAUGUGUGCCUUUGUAACCAUCUGGGAUU